AGGAACAACAACAGCCAAUGGUUUUGGGGUUGAGCUCACUCUGUUGCUGUGUUAUUGGUUCAGACUUUUUGACUGCUUUCCAGCAAGCGAGAGCGAGGGAGGAGACUUGAGACGGAGCAGUUUUGUAGUUGAUUUUUCUUAGAAACUGCAGAAGCCGUUCCCUCAACAUUGGGAGCGGAGACUUGUUGUCGUGACGGUUCUGCUGUCGCCCUCAGAUCAAGUUGAAGAAAUGGCAGUCAAACACUCAUCUCGACACACUGCUGAAUCAGACAUCAGGGACCAACAGGAGCUCCCAAUCAGCCAGAUGGAGAGCAAAAGGUCUGAGAUCAGUGAAUACAAGCGCUGCACAAAGAUGUGCCUCCCAGAGAAAGUUUUAACGGAAGGAACGGCAAAACAAGAAACAGAUGAAAAUGGAAGCAAAUAUUCAUACAUCGCACAGGCGACAGGUGUGGGGAACCAGAAGCUCAUUCCCAGUUGUGAGAAGCCGCAGUUUAUUGCUACACCUAACAGUUACAGUAACCAUACAGAAAGGUUGAGUUUAGAAAGUAUUCCAAAUAAUGUGGCAAAGGUCGUAAAAGGGCAGCUGCCCCGGAUGCAACAGGACCAUGAACUUAAUAAACAUCCCAGAAGGAAGCGUGGGAAGAGAAAAUCCAAACAUAAGGUCAAGGGAAAGACCAAGGCUUCACAAAAUCGAUCCAAGACUCCUGAGCAGGAGAGCUGUCCUCCUAUACCAGUACAAGAAGACGAUGCUGACAACAGCACCUCCGACUUUUGCAGCAGUACCACUGUCAGUGGCAGUAGCUGUUGUGAGCUUGAAAAAGUUCACCUUCGCACAGCCGAGAGAGAUUCCCUCGGAUUCUGUGGGUUGGGCCUGCAGAACCGCUUCCGUGAAGAUGAAAAGAUUGAGAACAUAUUCUACAAUAUUCAAAACUUUGAAAACACAGUGAAGAAGUCUAACGUUAGGCCUAUACCCUCAUCAUCCAUGAAGAAUGGUGGCCAUGUGCACAACAUGGCUUUUCCAAAAGUGGCCAAGAAUUUAGACUGGAAGUUACACAUGGACUCAGUUCCACAACCUGAAUUAAACCAGCUUGAUCCAACUAAGACAUUUAAAAAACAGGAACUAUGUUUGAAAAAUAAUGCAGCUAUGCUUUACAUCAAUGAUGAGGGAGGAGACACUGGAAUACGGAUUCCUGAUUCAAUCAGUGCAGAAGAGACCUCUCCCCCACAGUUCUCUACCAGCCACACUGAUGCUAGGAAGGGCUAUGUGAUCUCUGACAGUAUAAUGUACUUGGGAAAUCAUGCACUACAGUGGGAAAACUACUCGGAAAGGUGGAAACAAAAGGAAAAGCUUCCAGAAACCAACGAAGGUGUCCUUCAACAUGAGAAAUUGCAACCUGUGGACUCUGAGUACAAAGAAAACAGACAGUGGUCGCUCAUCUCCAGUCCUCUGGGUGUUGGAACCUUUGGGGAAGUGUAUGUUGCGAAGGAUCACUCGACUGAUUUCACCUGUGCUGCUAAAAGGAUUCACUUGGCUAACUUUCAGCCACAGGAAUUGCUGACCUGGAGCAAGUUGAACUCGCGGCACAUAGUUCCAUUAUAUGGGGGAAUACGAGAAGGGGAAAUGAUCACUCUUUUUAUGCAGCUGAUUCAAGGUGGAUCCAUUGCACAACUAAUAGUGAAUAAAGGACCUCUUCCUGAAGCUCUGACUCUGCAUUACACAGGACAUGUCCUGGAAGCACUGGAACAUCUACACUCACAUGGAAUUGUGCAUGGAGAUGUUAAAGCGGACAAUGUGCUGAUAUCGCAGAGGGGCUUGGAGGUUUAUCUUUGUGACUUUGGACAUUCAACACAAUUGAGAUCAGUGGGCAAGAGCACACCACAUGGCAAUCACUGCUUGGGUACAGUGACACACAUGGCCCCUGAGGUUGUUGCGGGUCAUGGGUUUGGUGUGAGAGCAGAUAGCUGGAGUGUUGCUUGUAUGAUGCUGCACAUGUUAACUGGCUGUCACCCCUGGAAAAAUAUUUCCACGAAUCAACUGCUGCUUAAGAUUGUGACGCAAGAUCCUCCAGUGGAUGAAAUCCCACCCACGUGCAGUCCACACACGGCUAAUGUCAUCAGGGCUGGUUUGGUGAAAGACCCACAAUGCAGAGCUACAGUGUCUGAACUCCAUGCCCAGGUGCACAAAGCACUAGCUAUACUGCGACAACGGGCUACGGGCGGCUCUCCGACUAAUCCAGGUCAGAAAAUGACUUGUGCUCCGAGGGCAGAUGAUGCCAGCUGUGAUGGUGCAGGUACUGCGCUGGCAGGGGACCUGAAUGCUGGGCACUGUGCCACAAAAGGCCGGCCUCCCCCUGGAUCAGAGCAAGUGCCAGCCAACGUUGACUCCGACAAGCACAGAUUCUGCUACCUGAAGGGUGGUCCACUUAACAUGGGCAAAAUGGGCUCAGUGGAAACUCUGACCAAGAAGAGUUUACCACCAGCCUCCCAAAGACGGCCCCGACCCAGAAACUUAAUUCGACUGGCCUGUAACUUUAGCCAGCUGCUUCUACGAGAUGAAGAGAUUCAGAUCCCUGAAGAAGUGACUGAGCCCUUCAGUGACGAAGAAGAUCUAUCCACUCCCUCACCACUGUUAUCACUGCAUUCACUCCAGAACAACGAGGCAGACAGGAGACUCUUGGAGGAAUACGGGAACCUGCAAAGAGAAUUUCUACUUUACAACUUAUCCCAAGUGUUUCCGGAAAGGUUGGAAGACCACAUAUUAGAUGUGUUAAGCAGUGAUGCAUACAGCAUAAUGGAGGACUGUGAUAAGGAUUCCCAAAAAGGAAUGACCAGCAUGAGUGGUAACUAUAGUUCUGGAAUUCAUUCAAUGUCGUGGAAUAGUCUGACUGAUGGCCAUAGUGCGAGCUUUAGUCUCAGUCAACGACUAGAUCACCAGCAGGACAUGCCAAGUCUUUUCAAUGGAGUUGAAGCUAGAAUUCACACAUUCAGUGGAGAGUGUCUGAUUGUACAUGAUAUGCGAAGAGCUACUGUUGGCCAGGUGGCUACAGGUAUCAGUAAUCUGAUCCAGAUUCCUAGUUUCUCGCUGGUGAAACAAAAUGGGCAUCCUAUUUCACCGGACUUCGAAAUCCCAGAUUCUGGAAUUGACCUGCGGUGCACUCCAGCUUCCAACUACAGCAAUUCCUGGACCUGGAGGGUUAAGGAUGGAAACCUAAAUUUCAAGUCUUAAUUUUGUUUUUCUGCGUGUAUCUUCUGUACUCUAGGAUGAUAACUCAGAUUUGUCAUUUCAUUGUAAUUUCAUCACCAAGGCUCAGAUUUCUUUAACCACUUGGAUCCUCAAACCACAUCAAUAGUACAAACUAGAAUCUGCUGUUCCAAAAAUGGUUGUUUAUGUUGAAGCAUCUGGUUAUUUUUCAGUGUGAAAUUCCUGAUUUGUUGUGUCCUUUUAAAUCCUAAAUUGGAUUAUUCAUUACAUAAUUUUUUUAGUGCGAGAAAAUAAUUCCUACUUAUUUAGAAACAGUAGAAUCAUUAAGAGAUUGAGUAUCUAAUUGUUUGCAAGUACAGUAAAUCCCUGUUCAUAAAUAUGUUAUACAACACUGGCAAAUAUUAUGCAUCUAAAUAUCUGAAUAAUUAGCACGAUAAAAUUGCUGAAAGCUUGCUAUCAUCAGGCAAAUAGCCUGAUACUCAACGAAGCACUUUGUUGGAUUUCCGUGGAAAGUUACAAGGGGUUUGGUAAAGUGAAUUACAGAAGACUGGGUAGCCAGAAGACUGAGAUAUGAGAUAAUUGGCAUAUGAACCAGGGAAGACAUUAGGAGAUUUUUUUUUUUUUUUGGCAGCUCGUUGUCAUAAUCUAGAAUGCAUUGCCUCAAGGGAGAUUCCAUAAUAACUUUCAAAGAGAAAUCAGGUCAACACUUGAAGGAAAAAAAAUACUGCAGGAGAUCUUUUGUAUGUGUGGGAAUAAUAGGUAAGCUGUUUCAAAGAGCACAAGCAUGAGGGGCCAAGUGGCCUCCUUCUUCUUUACACGAUUCUGUGGUCAUCUGCUGCAAUAGCAGAAGGUCUACAGAAAUACUGGGUAAGCUUCAUUAACAUUUACCCUAUUUCUCCAUGUUUUGAGAAAAUGUCCAUGGAAAUCCAAGCCAGUGUAAUUAAAUAUACUUAGAUACUUAGUGUCUCGACAAUUCAAGCAGGCUGCUAAAUGAGUACAACAAGCAUUCUAACAUGGAACAACAAAGAGUAGGAUUGCUAGUAUAUAAUGUGAGGACCGGUUACAGUGGAAAAACCCUCUAUCAAGCCACUGUAAAACUAACCUUCAGAAACCAGGGUGUGCAAUUAUCCCUGUGUGAUGCUUAAUAUUUGCUGGUUUAGAUUUCACUCGUCAGUGACUUUUAGUACACUUUCAAAAAUCAUUUCUUUGUUCAAUUUGUGCAAAUGGGUUUUCAAAAAAAGGUUUGAGCUAAUGCUUGCUUUUUUGCUGCUUCAAUUAUAAAUUUUACAAUCACUUGCAGUUAGGGUUUAGUGUUAUAGGUUUUGAAUAUAACAUAUGAAUAGUGCCUUUCUUCCUUUAGAUUGUCCUUGGUGUCUUAGAGAAAUAGAAUCACCUUCAGUUGAUUCCAAAAUAGAAGUCAACAGAAGGAGAUAAUACACUGGACAUUUUGAGAUAAGCUAAGCGUAUUGGCUUUCUGGCCACUUCUCGCUGUUCUUGCCACUGAUACAAUUAUUAACCUUGAUAGGUCAUAGUUCGGUUGUUUCUUGACGUUUUGUUCUCCCCCUCUGGUUGCGUUGAGGCUGCUGAAGCCUUUCACAAUGUAGUGUUCAGUGGGGAUGUAGCAGAUAGUGCAGGCCGUGGAGGCUGAAGAGCAAACUGUUGGCCGCCAUGUGGAGUCUGUCAUCCAGUUGAGUGUGGCAAGGGGUGAGCUAUUCCACCUCGUGUGGGGUCAUGGUGAUGCAUUCUUUCCCCAUGAGAAACAUUACUUUGUGUCAGCUGUGGUACAAGGUGGUGACGAUGCCACUGGGAUCUGCAUCCUGACCACCUGCCCCUUCCAAGAGGCAGAGCAUUAGGAAACUAAGCUGCCGUGGAAAGGCAAGAGGGAAGAUGAACUGAAAGGUCUCGCCUUUUAGGAGGACAAAACAAUGGACAGCCAUAUUUUAUUUAUUUGUGUUCUGUGGAAGAACCAAUAUAUUAAAGAUUCUCGUGACAAAUGAAUCAUUGAGGAUCACUACAGAUGUGCAGCUUUGGUUGACUGGGGAAGAGUCACUUCCCCAUACAUGCCCAGCCAAAUGAGAAUGACCUCUUUGCCACUGGUCAGUUCUAAAGGGAUUUUCAUUGCUGGAAAAUGCUGAAGUGAUUUGACCAAAUUCAUUUUAGUAUGAAAAAGCAUCCUUGGAGGUAUCUUUAAUAAGAAAUAAGUGCCAUGUUAUACUUCUGCAUGUUAAUAUAGAGUAAGAUUCCUAUCUGUAGCAAGAUGAAGCAUUACUAUGAGUUGUGGAAACUGUGAGUGUGUUUUCAAAUUCCUGGGAUUUGUAUCAGUCCUGAGAUUUGUGUGUGACUUUAUAACUUGUGUAAUUUCAGAAUUGUAUUUUGUAAAAUGAACCAAGGGCUGGGCACUGGGACUUGAAAGAAUAUCUCCAGUAUUACCAGUCUGCAAGAUUGCUCGAAGGUUCUUGUGUUUUACUCUGCCAUACCUGAGACAGGACAGUUUAUAAACUUACGGGGUUACGUCACAGGUCUGGUUUGUACUGAAAUUGAAGCAUUGCUAUUUUCUCCUCAAAGUCAGAAUGGUCAGUUUUGAAGUCAUCAAAUAGCAUGGCUUAAGUGAAUUUGAAUUGGUGUUGAUGGCUAGUGUGCAUGCCUCAACUAAAGUCUUUGGCUAAGUAAAGUCUUUGGCUCACCAUUAAAGAAAAUUAAUAAAAAGACUGGUCAUCCAUAUAACCUGCUGUAAAGUGCGAUAGCAGCAAAUAACAAUCCUCUUUCCCUGGAUUGCGUUUGACUUGCUAAUCGGAUAUAUGGAUCUUUUCUCAUAUAAUAUUUUAAAAUAUAUAUAUAUUGAAAAGUUGUAUUUUUUGAAUAGAAAAUAUAACUACUGUUAUAAAUAAUAUCGCUUUUAAUCAGAAACAGGACCUUUGCUGUACUGUAGAAACUUGAGGAAAGUUAUGCCAAGUACGGAUUUUUGUGCAGCUGGGGGAAAAUGCUGGGCAGGACCCAAAAAUGGUAGUCCAACCCUCAUUUCCAACAAAUACAAUUUUUGUAGUGUGGUUGGUUGGAUUAAUAGAGGCUGGUCUCGGUAUUUGGUAAAGGAUAACAGUUAGGUUCCAAUUAAAAUGGCUUGUUUGUAUCCCAAUAGGAUGGGAUAUCUAAUGAGUAAGAAACUUUAAGGAGAAUUCAAACAUUUUGACUUUAUAAUAAACUUUACUGAUUGGCCAACAAUUAAUAAGCAGCUCAGAGAGUUCAUGAUAGUUAAUACCAGUCAUUUUCAGCAUUUUAAUGUCUUUAUUUGUACAGCAAGCUUUAUGAUCUGGAAAGUGUAGUGGUAGCAGAUUCAAUAACUUCAAUAGAUAAUUGAAUAAAUACUUGAAGGAAGAAAGGUUAUGAAGAAAGAGUGAUGGAGUGGAAUUGAUUAGAUUACUUUUUCAGGAGCCAGCACAGAUAUAAUGACUUCCUCCUAAGUGAUGAUUUUAAAACAUACAGAAAAAAUCCAUAUUUAGUUAAAGUAAUUGAAUAUGUAACGUUCUAAAUUCAACACCUGAUAUUGCUCCCAGUACUGAUGUAUCUAUAAUUAUCUUUUGCCUGUUGGCAUAAAGUUCACAAGGCAUACUUUGAAACAUAUAUUUGGAAGGGCAGAUUGCACUGUAGAAUAUUUUGCAUCUCUAAAGUAGAUAUAUAGCUUGAGAGACUCCCACUGCUAUUGUUAGGCUUUUACUAAAAUGCUGGUGACAACAUUACUGUGAUUCUAGAGUUUAUAAUCUGGUUGCACUGGUGUUAGUGCCACAUUUCAAGUCUUGUGCCCUUCCCUAUGCUUUAUUGAAUGUCUCUUAAAAUGCACCUGACUAAUGAAUGUAACCCUUGUUUGGAUGAUUGUGGUCGCAAUAACUAAGUAGCUUGUAUUUUUAUCCAGUGGCUAUCAAUGGUAAGCUCAUUUCAUUUAUGUGAACAAAGGGUAUUUUGAAAUGAGUUAAUGAAAUAUCACCUUGCACAAUAUCAUUGAUUUGUACCCAGAUAAAAUAAUAAAGCGUUUCUAAUGUUGUA